AUGCAUCACAACCAGCAGCGCCAGCUCGUGCUCGCCGUCGACCGGAAGCUCCGCUCCUUCAAGGUCAUCGCCACCAGCGAUGUCUACGGGGAGACGCUCCCCACCGAGGUCUAUGACUCCAAGGCGGACAGAUGGUCAGUGCACCAGAUGAUGCCCGCCGAGAACCUCUGCUCCUCCAAGAUGGCCUUCUGUGACUCCCGGCUCUACCUGGAGACGCUCUCGCCGCUCGGGCUGAUGAUGUAUAGAGUGGAUGCGGGCAAAUGGGAGCAUAUACCAGCGAAAUUCCCCCGGUCGCUGCUCGAUGGGUAUCUCGUCGCCGGAGCUCGGAAAAGGCUCUUCUUAGUGGGGAGGAUCGGGCUUUACAGCACGCUGCAGAGUAUGAGGAUCUGGGAGCUCGAUCAUGGCAGAACUGUCUGGGUGGAAAUCAGCAGGAUGCCGCCCAAGUACUUCAGGGCUCUGUUAAGGUUGUCUGCCGAGAGAUUUGAGUGCUUUGGGCAGGACAACCUCAUCUGUUUCACCUCGUGGAACCAGGGCAGAGGUCUCCUAUACGACGUGGACAAGAAGGCUUGGUCAUGGAUUGCUGGCUGCGCAAGCCAAUUGUGCAAUACCCAGUUCUGCUUUUAUGAGCCAAGAUUUGACACAUCGAUCUAUUGA